CCUGACACCCCCCCCCGCCCUCUCUUUCUGCCUCAGUUUGGGCAGACGGCCAGCUCAGCCUCCCCUCCCUCUGCCUUUCUCUUUGCUCUGGAUCUCUCUGUGUGCUCGUUUCAAGCCCCACAAUGCUGGCUUGACUGAACCAAGUGGAUCACAAAUUCACUGCAAUGUCACUGCUCCCGUUGCUUCCAGCCUGUGGUGGCCUCUGCCUGUGAGGCGGGGGUCGGACAGCUCCUCCACCGGCAAAGCAGGACAGGUGGACUGUCAGACAGGACAAACCCCACAUCACCUGGACCGGACUCUUGGAGCUGCAGCGGCCAAAAUCAGAGCGGAGUCCUUCUCCUUCCUUUUUUCUUCCCCACUUGUGUCCUUGCUGGUGUGGUGAACAGCAGCCCUCUCUCUCUCAGCUGCAUGGAGGCACAGGGAGGGGCAGGGAGCCCAGAGCCCAACAAAGACAUCCAGAAGCUGCUGAAGCCAUCCAGCUCAGGUGACCUAUCUAGGGAACUGUUCCAACACCAGCUGGGGGAGGAUGAGGGAAGUCUGUCAGGACACACAGCUAACAUGCUGCACAUCACAGAAAAGAGACAACCGCUGAGCAGCGUGUCGUCUUUAGAGGUGCACUUUGACCUCCUGGAUCUAACUGAGCUGACAGACAUGUCUGACCAGGAACUGGCGGAAGUCUUUGCUGACUCUGAUGAGGAGAACCACAAUGAGCCCCCAUCAGGUUCCCACCAGCAUGCACACCCUAGGGGGGGCUACCUGCGCUCCCCGUCCUGGACUCGCUGCAGCAAAGUCGAGCCUUCGCGGGAGAGAAAGCACCACAGUGACUCAGACACCACAGAGCCCUUAAUGAAACUGGAACGGCCAAAGCAACAGUGAUGUCUCACAUCAAACAACCAGACCACAGAGUGAGAAAACCCAGAGCCAAACACACAGACGGAGCCAUUACACAGCGGACCAAGGGGCCCCCGUCUGCCACCCUGCAUACAUUCAACACUCCAUGGUGCUGGACGGUUCACCCUGAAGUCUGGGCACUGACUCUGCUCUGAAGAUGCUGAGAUGCAAUCUGACUCUUGUCUGUUUCUUCCUUUUUAACACACAUACACCUUGCAAUCAAAGUGUGUUUUUUAUGCAAAGGGUUCUAAUGCACUCCAGACACCAAGCCAAUUUUCCUUAAUUAUUGUGGAUGACAGAGUAUCAAGUACAGGGUCAACAAAAUGACAGCACCUUCAAACCUGUCAGGGGGGUACAGCAUCCACAGCUUUCAAAGUGACAUUCAGAGAGCAGGAAUCACCACCUACCUAGUGAUGCUUCUGGAGACUGAAUGUGUUGCUUGUAAAUGUGACUGUCUUCUGAUGCCUGGAGUCAGGGUGACCUGAGCAGAGGAUGUGUGAGAUCCCUGCUUUAUCAGGCUGUGGAGCGUGAGUUCAAGUCCAAAUACUUCAUUUUAAAACACUUCUUUUCUUUCACUAAACUGUAUUUCCAGGGUUCUCCAGAAUUAUUGGCAGUUGUGUACAACUUUUUAUUGCUCAAUUUCAAUCUUGCUUAGAAAAAAACUUGUUUAGAGAAUGAUGACUGCCACACUAAGUGUAGAUGUGAAACGUCAAGCAGAUGCGUAGUUCUGGAAAAGUACAAACUACAAAAUAAAUCAUUACUUCAGUUGGAUCAUGCCAAAACGAAAACAAGUGCCAACAAUUUUGAAACUAUUCAGUUUUGUUUUGAUGCAAUAUUUCCAUGUCAGCAUGAAAAUAAAAGAUUGUCACGAGUUAAACCAGGCUUUACCAGGAGCGCCAACGGUUCUGAAUGCUGUGAUGUAGUGGAUCAAAAGUGACCAUAAAAUGGAAAAAUAAGAAAUAAAAAAUGUGUUGUGUUGGAAGA